GCACGUACGAGGGUGGCGCUUUCGCAACACUUCACUGUCUCCUGGCUGCAGUUCAUUCACAUUGUUGUCGAGGUUCGGACGUACAGCUGUUGACAACUUUCACCUCGUGUUGCUAUCAUGAGACCAGCAAGCCACCGAGUGUUUGUGGUGGGAGUGGGGAUGACGAAGUUUGAAAAGCCUGGGGUGCGUGAAAAUUUUGACUAUCCUGACAUGGCUAAAGAAGCAGGCCUUAAGGCUUUAGCUGAUGCAGGCAUACCUUACUCUGAAGUUGAGCAGGCCUGCGUGGGAUACGUGUAUGGUGAUUCAACCUGUGGUCAGCGAGCCAUUUACCACAGCCUAGGCCUAACUGGCAUUCCCAUUAUCAACGUCAACAACAAUUGCUCCACUGGUUCCACAGCUCUGUUUAUGGCACGCCAGCUGGUAGAAGGAGGACUGGCUAAAUGUGUUCUUGCUCUUGGUUUUGAGAAAAUGGAGAGAGGCUCACUCACGUCAAAGUACUCAGACAGGACAAACCCAAUGGAUAAGCACAUGGAGGUGAUGAUCAACCGCUUUGGGUUGGCAGCUGCUCCAGCAGCACCACAGAUGUUUGGAAAUGCUGGGCGGGAACACAUUGAGAAAUUCGGGACCAAACCUGAACAUUUUGCAAAAAUUGCAUGGAAGAAUCAUAAGCAUUCCACAAACAACCCUUACUCACAGUUUCAAGACGAGUACAGUUUGGAUCAGGUGUUAAAGUCACGGAAGGUCUUUGACUACUUGACCCUUCUCCAGUGCUGCCCUACAUCAGAUGGUGCUGCAGUGGCCAUCCUUGCCAAUGAAGAUUUUGUUAGGAAGCAUGCUCUUGAAAGCAAGGCAGUUGAAAUCCUGGCCCAGGAGAUGGUGACGGAUUUGAGGAGCUCCUUUGAGGAAAACAGUUGUAUGAAAAUGGUGGGAUAUGACAUGACUCAACAGGCGGCUCAGCAAUGCUUCCAGAAGACUGGCCUGCAACCCACAGAUGUCAGCGUCAUUGAACUUCACGAUUGUUUUUCUGCCAAUGAGUUGAUUACCUAUGAGGCUCUUGGACUCUGUUCUAAAGGUAAAGCUGGAGAGCUGAUUGACAGGGGUGAUAACACCUAUGGUGGGAAAUGGGUGGUGAACCCAAGUGGAGGUCUCAUCUCUAAAGGCCAUCCUUUAGGGGCCACAGGUCUGGCGCAAUGCGCGGAACUGUGCUGGCAGCUGCGCGGAGAAGCGGGAAAGAGACAAGUUCCGGGAGCAAAGGUGGCCUUGCAGCACAACAUCGGCCUCGGUGGAGCGGUGGUAGUCACUCUGUACAGGAUGGGAUUCCCUGAGAUAGCGAGGCCUCAUCAGAUUCAGGCAGUUCAUACGAGUGCUGCAGCUGGCCUGGAAGGAUUCAAAGCUCACAAUGUAUUCAAGGAGAUUGAAAAUAAGUUAAAAGAGGAUGGUGAGCAGUUUGUAAAGAAGAUUGGCGGAGUGUUUGCCUUUAAAGUGAAGGAUGGUCCUGGAGGCAAAGAAGCCAUGUGGAUUGUGGAUGUAAAAAAUGGGAAAGGCUCUGUUGAUACUGAUGAAGCUAAGAAAGCAGAUUGUACCAUCACAAUGUCUGAUGCAGAUUUACUGGCCUUGAUGACUGGCAAAAUGAACCCUCAAACUGCAUUUUUCCAGGGGAAGCUGAAGAUCACUGGAAACAUGGGAAUGGCAAUGAAGCUUCAGAGUUUGCAACUUCAGCCGGGCAAAGCAAAGCUGUAAUAGAGAGAAUGUGGUUCCCUGUAACUGUUGUCCUGCCACUUGCCCUCUGCUGCACGGAGAGCCAAACUUGACAUACUAGCUUGUCUACAGAGUGAAACUGGAAAGGGUGGGUGGGGGGCAUGACUCAACAGCUCAGAAAUAAUUCCUUUCUUAUUUGACUCACUAAUUGCAGUGCAUUAAAAAUGGCAGCCACAGUAUAGACUUGCACUCGGGCUGUGCUAGUAUUGCAUCUUGAUUUUUAGAGAUCUCUUUUGUAAUACAGCAGAAUUUUUCAUAGGUCAUCCUAAUCAUGGACCUGUGAGCAUUUUAAUGUUUCUGGACCUUACAUUUUGUUUAUUUCUAAUUUUACUUUGAAUGUUAUUCCAACACACUGAAAACAGAUUUUUUUUUCUUUUUAAACAACCAGUUUACAUAUUGGUCAUCAGAUCUGAAGGCAAAAUAAAUUUACAAGAGUGCAUUAUUGUUGUUUUCUAUUAGAUUAUAUAUAUGUAUAUUUCCCUUUAUAUUUAUAAUCUCCAUUGCUGCUAAUACAUGAGAGCACUUAGUAAAAAUGUGUAAAAAGUGUGAGUGUACGGCUAGCAACCUGACGUUUGUGUCCUCUCUUACAUGGUGGACGAUGAAAGAUAUGUUCCCUUAUCCCACACUGCGUUCAGCCAUUCAGGUUAAAAAAAAUAAAUAAAUGUACAAAUCAGUAAUAACACCUAGUAAAGCAAUACAAGUCAAGUUGUCUAAGUUACGUUCAUAGCUGCAUGGUUACAUUUGUAAAGUCUGCACUUCGACCAUCUCGGUGCAGUAUUCCUAAAAGCUACAUUUUAAAUGUUCCCAUGAAAUACAGUACUGCUAUACUUUAUUCCCUUAAGAUGAGAAGUCUGCUUUCUGUUCUUGGUUUUUGUUUUUCUUGGCUUAAGGAGUUUAAAGCUAUUUCAAAUUGAUGCUCUGGUAUGGAACCCAUAAACAUGUUGAGUUCAGCUGCCAGUUACAUCUAAUUUGCAAUGACUCUCCUCUUGGCAAAUUACAGUGUGUAACUGUAGCCAUGUCUGAUUAAUUCCUCAUUACUGUAGUCCUGCACAUUUGAAGGGGGUUUAGCCUUUUAUAUAUACCUUCUCCAUAAUUAAACUUCCCCGCUCCCUGAGGAGAGGGAGGGGGCAUCGUAACUGUUGUCCCAAUUAUGGUGGGAAAGAGACAUUCUGGAUUUACAUUUCUAGAAAAAUCAUGUUUUGUAUGCAAGGGUGAUGGUAUGGUAGAAAGAAUUGCACAAAACAAUGUCUACAGGAUUUGAAAUUAAAAAACAGGACAAGUCGUUUUCUAGGUGGGUCAGACUUUAAUGUACAUUUACUAAAUCAGCAUAGCAGCUGCUUUUCUUUUUUCUCUCUUGAAUAAUGUUUAAACUCUAAAGGAGAAAAAGGCAUUUUAAUUUAAGGACUUGAAACCAUUUUUUCCUCAUUUUUUAUGAUGUGUGUGUUAGCACUUACUGUGUUUCCUAGGUUAAUAUUCUGUAAUUAAUGGUCCUCUCAUACCAAUUUGGCUAAAAGUAACGUUCUUAAAAGGUUUCAGUAGAAUAUUGUGUUGUCAGCCGGCGCUCCACACCACUUAAUACCUCAACUCGCAUUUAAAUUGGAUUUUGGUGUCCUUGUCACUUCCCUUUAAUUAUGCUGCAUACUGCAGGUAACUGCUGGCGUCUUCUCUUUUAAUUUAUAGGGGUUAUAACUUUGCAUAUCCCUACCAAGUCAACUGCGCUUUAACACCAAAGUACUUGGGAGCAAAAUACACAGAGCCUGUCUUGUUGGACUGCAGGUUAAGGUUCUCAGUAGCCAUAAAAAAUGCAGUAUUAAAUGGAGUUUUAUAAAAUAUUAAACAUGGAUUGUAAUGGAGUCUUAUUAACUACACUAUUAAAGGCAGGUUUUAACUGUCCAGUAUAUAGAAAAGCCACUUUUUUUUAAGGCAAAAUAACUGAGCACCUUCUGCUUUAGAAGAACAGUUAUGUAGAAAGUCUGAUGACAGAGACAAGGCAAGGAUUGACUGGAUCCAUCGAUAUUUGAGAUUGUAUACAGCAACUUUGCAGUGCUGAAACAUUGAAGGAGGGAUCUUUUAAAAUGAAGCAGUCACACUAGCUGUUUAUAAUAAUCUAAUUAUUUGAUAAUCCGAUUUCAGUGAAUGUGUCAUUAUGAUCUAUGGCCAGCGUGUUAAGUGAUUCUGAACUUGCAUUCAGUAUCACGAUUGUAUGGAUGUGCAUGGUUUUAGCAUUAAGAUUAAAUAAAUGUGUAUACCUAAAGAUUAAAUUCAGUGUCCAUGUCUUGGGACAUUUGACCCAAAUCAAGUCCUGUGGCAGUAACUAUCAUUUUUUGGGAUAAUUUAAACUGUGCCACUAACUUACUAUUAUAGGUGCAUAGUGACACUUUUGAAUGAUCAGGCAUUUGAGUGAGUAGUUGCCAGACAAGGAAAUUAACACAAAGUGGUUUAAAGUAAAGUACGUUAAAGCUGAUGUAAAGUAGAAGUCAGCCAGCAAGUGCGUGGAAUGUUCUAGACUUUCCUAAUCACGAACUUGUAGUAUGUGUAAAUUGUUCCCCUCUGUAAAAACAAGUCAGUUUAAUCUGCUUGCUAUGUAUUUUAUUUUUAAACCCAAAGAGCCUACAUUUCUGAUUCUGUGUUUAUUUCUAAACUUAAUGGAUUCAUUUUUUUCUGAAAUGUCUGUGAGUUCAGAAACGGAUUUCAAAGAGCAAGGAAUGCAUUUACUAAUAAAGGAACUACUAGCAAGUAGUUGAAGUAAGUAAGAAAAUAAAUUUAAAAAAUUGUGUGAAGGGUUUAACAGAGCUGCCUUCAUUCCUUUUUUGAGUUGUUAGAUUUGGGGCCUGAUAACUUCACAAGUGUUUAAUUUGUAAUCUUUGCUUUAGGUGUUGGCAAUGAAUAAUGCUGUAUGUAAUAAUGACAAUAAUAAAUUAAAAAUAGUUUUCUCUUAAA